CCCAAAAAAUAAUAAGAAUUUUUCAGAGCACACUCAUAUUGCUGAAAACAACUAUGAACUUCCUGUUUUUCGUUUUCUUCCUGGGAGCUUGUUUCUUAGGGCUAACGAAUGCUAGUACCCUCUCGCCAGAAGAAUUGCGUCGCUUCUUGGAAUGUAUGGAGAAGUGCAAAGCAAUGUCUUCUUGAACUUUAUUCCGCAAGAAACGAAGUAUGGGUGCGUAGAACAAUACUGGAAGCUGCCAGACUAUUUGAUCACCAAUCUACUUUCGAUCGAGGAAGCCGGGAGUACGAGAAUUACCUUCGUUCUGGGAAUUUGCAUUUUGAAAUUCCCCCUCGCAUUCAUACCGAAAACUACCUACGGAUCGUAUACCAAGUCUCAAUGUACGCAGUGAUUGCUUACCUUCAUCUUCUUGCUUGUAUUAUUCUGUAUUAUAUAGCCUGUGUGGAGAAAAACAAAGACAAGUUACCAUGACUGUGUCGUAUGCUUGUCGCUUAUUGUUGUUUGUUAGUUCAAAUCUUAGAGAUUUUUCUGAUAAAUUC